CUCUCUCAUUGCUCUCAGUGCACGUACUCAUCCAUCCUAUCCUGCAGCGAUGUCGUAUGUUCCUCCUCACCUGAGAAACUCUUCCGCCAACCCCGUCUCAGCCGCCAAAACCCUAGUAAACGGCAACUCCGAUCAUUUUCACUCCAAGCAGCUCAACGGCUCUUACUCUCAAUUUGCUUCCGCUAAAAGCAACAAUAACAAUGGCAACUCAAUUAAUUUGUGGAAUGCCGGUUCUCGGAGCUCCGGAAAUUACGCCGCAUCGGUGCCAGAGCCGGUCGCUCCGCAAUGGCAGCCGUCCGACCGUGUUAUGCAGCUGAAUGCGGAACAGGUCGAGGAGGUUUGCAUGAGGCUUAACGUUGAUGCUACAGUUCCACCAGAUUCGCAACCUGCAUCAGCUCCUAUUGAGUCCUUUACUGACAUGAAUUUGCAUGCUAGCAUCAUGAAAGACAUAGCAUUUCAUGGAUAUACCACCCCAACUUCAAUUCAAGCUCAGGCUAUGCCAGUUGCUCUAAGUGGAAGGGAUCUUUUGGGUUGUGCAGAAACUGGUAGUGGGAAAACAGCUGCAUUCACCAUACCUAUGAUACAGCAUUGCCUGGCCCAGCCUCCUAUUCGGCGUGGAGAUGGACCUUUGGCAUUAGUAUUAGCCCCAACCAGAGAGCUGGCUCAACAAAUAGAGAAAGAAGUGAAAGCCUUCAGCCGAUCUUUGGACUCAUUCAAAACUGCAAUUGUUGUGGGUGGAACAAACAUUUCUGAGCAGAGGUCUGAGCUGCGGGCUGGGGUUAGUAUAGUAGUUGCUACUCCUGGAAGAUUUAUUGACCAUCUUCAACAGGGAAAUACUUCUUUAUUGAGGAUAUCGUUUGUCAUUCUUGACGAAGCUGAUAGAAUGCUUGACAUGGGAUUUGAGCCUCAGAUAAGAGAGGUGAUGCAAAAUAUUCCCAAGAAGCAUCAAACUUUGCUCUUCAGUGCUACAAUGCCAGUUGAGAUUGAAGAGUUAGCACAGGAAUACUUAACAGAUCCAGUACGGAUAAAAGUUGGAAAAGUCAGCAGCCCAACAGCAAAUGUAUCCCAAGUUUUGGAGAAGGUACCAGAAAAUGAGAAGAUUGACAGGCUGCUAGAUAUGCUUGUUGAGGCAGCUGCCCAAUCUCAAAAGUGUAGCCACUCAUUCCCCUUGACCAUCGUUUUUGUGGAACGGAAGAGCAGAUGUGAUGAAGUCGCUGACGCAUUGAUUCAACAAGGCCUGCAAGCAGCUUCUCUUCAUGGUGGUCGUAGUCAAAGUGAGAGGGAGGCUGCUCUCCACGAUUUUAGACAUGGUCCUACUAGGAUACUGGUUGCUACAGAUGUUGCAUCACGGGGAUUGGACGUUACUGGGGUUGCUCAUGUCAUCAAUUUGGAUCUUCCAAAGACCAUGGAAGAUUAUGUACACCGGAUUGGAAGAACCGGUCGUGCAGGAUCAACGGGCCAAGCUACAUCGUUUUAUACUGAUCGUGACAUGUUUCUUGUAGCUCAAAUAAAGAAAGCAAUCCAAGAUGUCGAGUCUGGUAAUUCCUUAACUUUCGCGACUGGAAAGACUGCAAGAAGAAAGGAGAGAGAAGCUAUAGCUGCUUCAAAAGAUUCAAAGCUUACACUAUCAAAGCUGUCAUUGGUGGGUUCAACGGCAAUAAAUGUGGAGGACAAAUACAGGCAUAUGAUGGUCCCUGCAGUAGGCAGGAAAGAGGGCUCUGCGGACGACGCCUGGGAUGACUGAGAAGAUUGACGGGACUCAAAGGUCACUAGAGCUUUAGAAAGGAUAACUUCCCUUUGCUUCAAGACAUCUUCGUGCUGUGAUGUGGAACGUUGCAUACAAAAAUGUGCUGAAAUGAAGAUAGUCUCGUACACUUGAGGUGGUUUUUUGCCUCACCAGUGUUUAUGUAACUCACCUGUUUUGGAUUGACUAACCUGCCACCAUCUUCGAUUUUGUAAAUAAAGCCAGGAAUUUUCUCGUUUUUUA